AUGACAUCUAUUACUCAGCUACUUUCCCCGUGGCCGGUCUCUAAGCAUUCAAUAGUACUGCGCGAACAACACUAUCCUCCACCACCUCAAUCCGUGGUGCCGGACCAUCUCGACAGCAUGCCACAGCAUCACCCGUCGCCGCCGCAAGAUCCGGCGCACAACGACCACGUCACUGGCAGUGCAGAGAGCGAUGGUGGUGAGAACAAUGGCGAUGGCCGCAAAGGCUACGGCAAGCGUGAGCUGAGUACCAGCAAGAGAGCUGCUCAAAAUAGAGCCGCCCAACGGGCCUUCCGACAACGAAAAGAGGGCUAUAUCAAGAAACUCGAAGAGCAAGUGCGAGACUACCAGGUCUUGAGCGAAAACUUCAAAGCAGUUCAAGCCGAAAACUACCAGCUCCGUGACUACAUCAUCAACCUCCAAUCUCGAUUAUUAGAGUCGCAAGGCGAAGUACCUCCGCCCCCCAGCAACGUUGACGGGCUGCAACCGGGCAAGGCUGGCCCUCAACAACCGGGUACUCUCCCCCGUCUAUCCGAACUGAAUGCCGUGGGUCAACCACAGGAUGUGCUCAGCAGCCUUCACGACCCUAUUCGCAGCGGCUAUCCUGAUCCAACAUAUUCCGAGUCUCCUAUCGCCAAGCGCCCGAGAACAGGAUCGGCCGAAAUGACUCCGUCUCAAGCAGCGCUGCAAGGCGCGGCCAUUCUGUCGCAACAACCUGGUACGCGAUAA